AUAAUUUCGGUAAUCCGGCAUAAACUGUUGUGUCUUCGUCGCCAUUAGAGAUUUGAUCUCAAAAUAAAAUGGUGUCCUGUUUUGAGUUAUUCGAUUGUGUUAAGGUAUGCAUGUUUUCGAAGUGGAGUUAAUGAGCCAGUCAAUGCCUUUGUUAAGUAAUCAUUUGUUGAGUUGUAAUGUUUAAGUGUGCUUCAAAAUGCAGUUGCUGUCUGGGCUAUGGUUGCCCUUUAACUUAAAAGGGGACAUAAUGAAAUCAACUCUAAUGUUUCGGGAUCAAGUUAACACCAUUACUGCAUGGUUUGAUCAGUGGAAUGAAUGUGAACGAACAGUGGCACUCUAUUCCCUAUUGAAGAAGCUAGAUUCUACACAUGCUCGAUUUUUAUCCUUAGUUUUGCAACAAAAUCUUGCAUUAUGUAUGGAUUUGAAAGUUCAAGAACAACAAGCUAAUGAUCCAGCAUUUAUCAAUAGUCUGUGCAAUGAAACCAAAGAAAAUGCUGUUGUCCAAUUGUUAUCUCAUCUUCCAUUAUUACGACCAGGAAAUAAUGAAGCAAAAUUGCAGUAUCUUAGUUUGAUACCAAAGAUACUAUCACAUUCAAUUGAAAACUGUGUUCACAUUGAGGAGAGUCGUCAGUUAUUGUCUUAUUCUCUCAUUCAUCCAGCCAUAUCUAAUGAUGAUAGACGUUCUCUCACACUUUGGUUGCGUCAUCUUGAAGAACGCAUGAGUAACUAUGGUCCCAUUAACGGUAAGUGAACAAACCCAAUGUAAAUUAUUUAUUCAUUGUGAUAUUUGGCAUUUAUUUUC